AUGAGUAGCAAAAAUGCUGAAAAUAGAUAUUUUUUAUGUUUUUUUCGUUGUAUGCGUUCUUCCUUAUAUUUAGCCGCUAUUAUUUUUUUAGUACAAAGUAUAUUUUCAUUUGAAGGAAGGAACGUUUCACGGACACAAAUAAGUAAUCGAUAUUUAAGUCAUUUGUGCAAAGAUAGCAAUUGUAAAUAUAAUGGUUCAAAGAAUAAAAAUGGCAAAAAGAAUUUAACAGCUCCAGAGCUCGAUUCAAGUUGUGGAGCACAGAAGAAGGACGUGGCAAAGUAUUAUAAAACAAAUGAAGAAAAUGAUGCAGCAGUAGAAUUAAAUUCUGUUGAUAUAGCUGCAAUGCGCAAAAAAUGUUUUGAGAGGCACAUACACUUAACUGAAGAAGAGUUAUAUGAUUUAUUAAGUACAUUAGAAAAGGUACCAUAUAAAUGUGACAUGCGUAGUAUAUGGUGGCAACUGCGUCAUAUUGAAGCAGAUAAAUUUGAUAAUAUUGAGAAUGAUAUAUCAGAAUAUUUAGAAGUUCUGGCAAAAAAAUACAAGGCAAAUGAAGAUUUUGUGGAAGAUAAAUUGGAAUAUUGUUCUGAUAUUAUAAGCAGAAGAAAGAAAGAGCAUGAGGUUUUUUAUAAUAUGCGUUUUUAUGCUCUACUUGAUCGGGAAUCCUUUGAACUGAAAGAAUUUGUAGAUAUUAUCAAUGAGAGCCGGGAUUCAAUUAAUAAAUUUAAAGAAGAAUUGAUUAACAAAACUAAAUCGUUCUUUAAUGAAAAGGGGAAAGGGAAAAAUGUUAUAAUUGAAAGAAUUAGAGACUCUUAUUUUGAGAAUUCAUAA